CACAAAUUUGAACUCAUGGCGGCCUGGGCAAUGGCCGGCAUGAAGGCUCAGCCCUUGACGCCACGGCACGUAGCACCCUGCAGUGCCGCUGGCCGCGUGCGCUGGCGAUGGCAGAGCUUCUUGGUGGUGCUCAGCUGGAAAAGCACCUUACAGAGGUCCACCGACCGGCGGGGCGGGUCCUCGCGCCGUUCGUUCCGACCGCGUGCGCGGUUGGAGGCGCUGCCCCCGACAGGGCUGCAGUUGAUUGCAGCUCGACGAGGAGCGCCUGCUGGCAGCGUCCAAGAUUUGCAUCGAAAACAUUUGCUGGCCUUGGUGGCUCGUCAAGACGAGCUUUCAGUGGAGUAUCUUCCCCGGAGCUAUCUUCUACCACCAGACCGGGGACCUACGAUGUCAGAGUGGGAAAGCUUUCAGAGGGACUUCACUUUGUGCGACUGCUUGGCCUGCCUCAAGACCUGCUGUGAGACCGCCAGAAAAUCCCCAGACCUGGAGGGGGCCACGUGGAAGCUUCAAGAAGCCUCUUACCACGCUUUGGAGUCGCUGAAGUCCUUCAACCUCCCAGGACUCGUGCAGUCCGUUGAAGCCAUUGAAACCAUAGAAGAUGCCGAAGCAUUGGUCAAGGCAUUCGAGGAAGCCAUGCCAUCGUUGCAGCCGAAGAUUCUUCGAAGGAACUGGUGGCUACUGAAGCCUGUGGAUGGUGCAGUGGGAAAGGGCAUUGGGUUGCUGGGUGGCUUGGGGUCCAACAUGCCACAGAUUGCACCAGAGAUGUUCAAAGGACGUGCUUCUGAUGGAUACAUCCUACAGAAGUACGUCGAGAUGCCACACCUCUUGGAUCCUUCACUGCUUCAAGAGGCAGAGCAGGCAGAACUGGCGUGGCAACCGACGACGUCCAGCGCGGCUGCGCCACGCGUGGUGCGGGAAGGAACUCCUCCCGCCAUGUUCAAGUACAACUUGCGGCACUGGGUCCUAAUUAAUUGGACCGGAAGUGACCCACCCGUUUGGUUCUACGAGCAUGGCUACAUUGAGCUGUGCACGACACCCUUCACAGAGUCCUUGGAGGUGGGAUCACAUAUUGCUAAUCUAUCUCAGCAGGGAAAGCCGACGCUUUCUGCGCCCUGCAAGAGGAUGUGGUCAACCUCAACUUUGUCCCGGUACCUCGAAGCAGUCACCGGAAAGGAUCUUUGGACCACUCAGAUUUUGCCCGAAAUCAAGCAAGUGGUGGCAAGGAUUGUUGCUGCAGCAUGCCCUUUGAGAACUGGCACGGAAGACGGUGUGGAGGAGAAAAAACAGCGGCAUCCAUGGCGGCGAUUUGGUUUUGACUUCGCUCUGGAUGAACACUUCAAAGUGUGGCUGAUUGAGGUCAACCAUCGGCCUGGCAUGAAAUGUGCAAAGGGCUGGCAGGGCGAUGCGAAACGUCGAUUGCUUGCUCAGUUCUACCCGGACGAGCAACUUCUGUGUGGCCCCAACUACGGCAUGUCGGGUGACACCUGGGACCCCAUCGGCGCCUUCCAGCGGCUUCCACAGCAAUGACGUCGGCGUCUUUCAGCAGCCCGAAGCUUUCACCGUGGCGGCGAAAGCUUGGACCGACCACCUGGUGUGUCUAGAAGGGCAUCUCGACCGUCAAGUCGCAUGACUUGUGAUGACAACGUGUUGGCCGUUGCCGUGGACCGUCAUCAGUUCCCUGCUGUAGCUCAAUCAUGCUCAAAACAUCACAUCUCUUCACUAUGAAACUUGGAGAUUGCCACACUCCACCUAGAGAAUGUACAGUAGCUUUUCCAGGAACUUUGCGAGGUUUGGGAGGUCCGGGGAGACAAAAAGAGCCGGCCAGAUGGUC